AUGGAUAAUUUGUCAGUUCUCCCCGACGCACUUAUUCUGCACAUCUUCACCUUUCUCCCCUUCCGCGACGCUGUCAGAACGUCUGUUCUUUCUACGAGAUGGCGCUACCUCUGGCAGGCCACCACCAAUGUCGACCUCAACCACAGAUUCUUCCCUGAUCUCACAUCCAUGUCUGAUUUUAUCCAGCGCUGGAUGCAAAUCUAUCGGGAGCCACAACUGGAGAGGUUCUGCCUCGCCAUCUCCAACCCUCCUGCAAUCGUUCGUCCCCUAAUUCACCAAUGCCUCAGAUUCGCACUCGACAGAUCAGUAAAAGCCAUGGAGAUUGAUUUCUCCAACCCUGAUUUUGAGAACGACGAUGAUAACCUCGACGUCGUUGGUGCUAAUGUAAUCCCCCCUCAACGUCGUCGUCGGCCUUUCACUGUGAGCCUUGAUUCAAGAACAGUGCUGCCGGAAACCCUAGGAUUGUCUGCCUGUGAUCUGAGUUUUGAAGAUUCUAAUUCCGUUUCCAAUCCUUACUUUGGGGUUAAGAAUUUGUUUCUUGGGUGGAUGGAAAUGCCGGGCAACUCGAUCAUGAGAUUUCUGGCACUGUCCCCGAAUCUGGAAACCCUAAUUCUGAAGGGAUGCUGGGAUGUGGGAAAUCUGGAGAUUGAUUCAGGGACUCUCAAGGUUUUGGUUAUGGAGAAAUGUCGAGGCCUCGAAUCCUUCUCUGUAAGCUCCCCCAAGUUGGAAUUCUUGAAUUACAGCACACGGCUGCCGCAAGCUCAUCUGCAGAUCGAAAAUGUCCCCAGUGUGAGGGAGGUAGUUUUGGAUUUAGGGUUUCAGCAAUGGAGGAAUGACGAUGAACACACUCAUUCCAUUAUGCUUUUCGAUCUGCUUGCACAAGACUGGGCUGUUCAGGCCCUCACCAUCUGCAGUUACACUCUUCAGGCGCUGCCAUUGGUGGGGAACUUGGUGCUGCUUAAGCCAAGCUUGGGAAGAACAACACACCUGUGUUUGAGAACACAGCUGCACGCCCAAGAGUAUUAUGGAAUUACAUUUUUCCUUAACAUGUGCUCCAAAUUGGAUCUUCUUUCCAUUCAUUUAACCCAAACCAAGAUUUUUGAGGAUUACAGGUGGCCAUAUCGUGUGGAGGAUCAUCCUUUUGCGAGUGGUUUAUGGCAUCCUUCGUGUUUCGACAAAACGUUGAGGACAGUGGAGAUCAAAGGGUUUAAAGGAUCUACCAAUGAGAUGGUGGUGCUGAGAUACAUUCUCAGAUUUGGGAAAGUGUUGCAGAAUUUAGUCAUCCAAGCUACCAGAGAGGAUGAUGGAAUGGGGGAGGAGACCUCACGUGCACGUGCUCGUGCACGUGACAGAAUCAGGAGGCUGUUGCAGUAUGAGGUUAUUGCAUCUCCUGUUUUAAAAGUGCACGUAAGGUAAGGGUAUUGUGGUAGGGAA